CCACCGAGAGGCGAGCUUUGCCUACACCGAGACUCGAUCAUCUCCAAGUUGUCUCCUUUUAUAAUCCAUCCACACAUUCAUACCACAAUGGAUUAGAAAUCGAGACAAAUCUUCGGACAAAAUCGAUUCUUGUUAUUUGCAAUAAAGAACUCAGAAACUUAUUUCUCCUCUAAAACUUUUGAAUCGAUUCCUGCAAUCCCAGAAAGUCUUCGUCUUUCCCCUGUUUCUGUUGUUCAUACUCGAGUGCCAUUGGUCAGGCUGUGUUGUUGUUCUUCUUGGAGGCAUAGAAUCUUUCUAUGGGAGAAGCUCCAGCAAUUUCAGUGGAUCAUCUGGAGAACGGACACUCCAAUGGCGUCUAUGUGAAAUCUGAACCCAAGAACAUUGAGAUAUCAGUCGAAAUAGGCGAUCGAACUUUUGUGAUCGGUGGAAAUCAUGAAAGGAACAAUUUUUCCAUUGGGGUUCAAAUUCAUGACAAAAACAGUAACAAUUGGUUUAGUCCUAUUGUGCUUGGGACAGGUCCUAAGCCCAGCCAGGGGUACUCCGCGUUUGUUCUUGAACAAGGUCGGAUUUUGGUUAUUAAGAAAGGUCCACCUCGCAAUGAAUCCAUCUGGUUCCUCGAGGUAGAUAGUCCAUAUGUGCGGGAACAGAAGAAGUUACUAGGGAAGGAAGUUGUUGCGUGGAGUAAAGGUGUGAGGGGCAAUGCCGAGAAGCCUAUAGUUAUAAGCGGUCCUUCUGGAGUUGGAAAAGGAACGCUUAUAUCAAUGCUUAUGAAGGAGUUUCCUUCAAUGUUUGGGUUCUCAGUGAGCCACACAACUCGAUCUCCAAGGUCUAUGGAGAGAGACGGUUUUCAUUAUCACUUUGCUGAUAAAAAGGUUAUGGAGAAAGAAAUCAAAGAUGGAAAGUUUCUUGAGUUUGCUUCUGUUCACGGUAAUCUCUAUGGAACCAGUAUUGAGUCCGUUGAGAUGGUAACAGAUUCAGGAAAGAGAUGUAUUCUCGACAUUGAUGUUCAAGGGGCAAGGUCUGUGAGAGCGAGUUCUCUUGAUGCCAUAUUCAUAUUUGUUUGUCCCCCUUCAAUGAAAGAGCUUGAAGAUCGGCUCCGUGCUAGAGGAACCGAGACAGAGGAGCAAAUUCAAAAGCGGCUUAGAAAUGCUGAGGCAGAGAUCAAAGAGGGGAUAUCCUCGGGUGUUUUCGGUCUUAUUUUGUAUAAUGACAACCUUGAAGAAUGCUACAAGAAGCUCAAGAAACUCUUGGGGCUAGAUGAAGUCACUUCUGUCAAUGGUGUAGAAAUAGAAGAGAUCAAUCUUCCCACCGAGCACACGGUAUCUAAAAUGGAAGAUAAGAUCAUUAUUCAAGAAACAGGAAAAGAAACAAGGAACAAGAUUGUAUUGGAUAUAUCUUCGCUAAAUGGAGGAGCACCAGGUAGAACAAGAGGGAUUCUUGUCGACGCCAUAAAGUUUUAAGCGGACAAAGAACUGUUAUUUCAUUCAUUACAUAACCAUUUUUCCUUGGACUAGAUAAACGUUCAAAAAGUCUAUAUGCUGAUGAUGAUGAAAGAGUUUGGGGGUGUUGAUAUUAUUCGUUGUAAUUUUGAUUGACAAGACUCGAGGAAUCAAAGUUUGAGAUUUUU